UGAUUGGAUGAGAAGCUUCCCCUCAUUGUUGAUGCAAUCAGCUGUAGAUGCAAUCAACUUAACUGUAGAUGCUAAUCCAUCUAUGAUAUACCUUCACAGUAAAACAACUCGACACCAUAACCCAGACAAAUUGACACAUGAAAUAAACCAUCACAGGGAUGUGGAUAGGGGAGUGGGGUGGACAGUAUUCCAAACAAACGGAAUAACAGGUAUAGAGGUGACGGUGAUGGUGAGCUGAGAAAAUUCACUGGAUUUGGGGAACUAGAGCAAAGAGUAAGAGCAGAAGAGUGACCAGAGAUGAGGUGAAGGGCUGGAUUUGGGUCAGGCCAGUCAAGAAGUUUCAUGCCCAUUUGUAAGAGGCUCUACAAUAAAUAAAUAAGUAAGUAAGUAAGUAAGUAAGUAAUAAAAUAAAUAAAUAAAUAUUAUGUCCAUUAACUCAGCUACUUGUAGCUCCUUACAUAACUGGUGAAAACUAAGUUGGCUCCCAUUCCUUUUCAGUAAGAUGGUGCCCUCAAAUGUUAAUUUUAAAAAAAUUCUCCUGGCUGGAAAUUCCAAUUAUCAUAUGUAAAUUCAGGGAACAUAAUAUAGUCUUUAUUUUUAACACAAAGAGCUUUAUAAUUCUUAUUAAUAGAAAAUCAGGUCUUUUCAAUUUCCCGCUGAAAGAUAUUUCAAGAAAACUGACUUAUUUAUGCAUUGCCAAAUUAUUAGCCUUCUUGUGAUGCACACAUGCCUCUGUCCACCCCUGAAUGAAAGCCUUUUGCUCCCCUCUUCCGGGUAAAAAUGUCACUGAUUGACUUGGCUCUGAGUGAAUUGAAAACGUUAAUUUCUGUAGAUUCCCCCAAAAGGCUAAGUACACAAAACAAUCAAACCUGAAGAAGAAUAAACGAUUGCUAAUUAAUUAUUUAUUCGGCAUGCCAGAUAACCUUUGGCUAUCUUUUCUACUAAAUUUUUAUUUUGUAGGAGCCUUACAGGUAAAACCUGACUGUCACAGCUAAAGAGCCACCAUUUUCUCCUGGAUGUCCCAAACAUAAGGGACUUCCAUAUUCUACCCUGAAGUUUUGUACACAUCCUCACUCUUGUUGAACAAGUCUCUGAAUUUUGUGUUCGGAUAUAGUCUUUCUAUGCAUCCUAAAGUCGAUUGUAAACCUCAAAUGAUUACUAUGGGUAUGCACUGUUUUCGCAUGAAUUCUUCUCUUCCUGGCUGUUGGAUAUAAGGCAAAUGGUUUACCCAUUCUAUGUUUAGUUUCCUCAUCGGAAAUAAUAUUAAUUCCUGUUUUAUCGGUUUGUGUUGAGGAACGAGUGAGAUAAUAAAUGUAAAGUACUUAGUACAGUCCUGAAUCACGGUAAGCUCUCAUUCUCGCAUUCAUUAGAGAUACGCUGUAAUUUUCAGCUCUGUACUCGGCACCCGCCAAGUCUUCAACAUGGCCCCGCCCAGACUCAAGGUUCCGGAAUCUGAGAGGAGGGCAUUAUGUGGAGUUCGGAGUGCAAAGGUCAGCGGGCAGUUGGUUGAGGUUGUGCGCAAGGGAGUCUCAGGAGAGGUCCAUGGACCUCGGUUACCUUGGCGACCUCAGCUAGAGGGAUAAACGUACCAAGAGCUGCCAACUGCUCCUGCCUUUUCCCCACCUCUCCGUUUGGUUUAGUUCUGCCUUUUCUCCCUAGAGGUUGAAAGCCUACGCCAAAUCCGACACCAACGCGGUUGCCUAGCAAUACACCUUUCCCAAGAUGCCUAGGGUGUUGUGUUCCCCUUAGCCAAUCAGAGAGGCGGAGCUACCUCACAGCCGCCCAAUAAACUGCGAGACUACGGCCCGCGACGGUUAAACGGGGCUGGAGGCCAGGAAAGUAGGAUAGCGGCUUGGAGGGGUCUGUGGGUCUGCGGCCGUGGCUCCGCGGCUGCAGGGCGACUUGCAGGAGGCAGUACGAAUCCGGCGGUGGGCCCAGCCAUGCCUUCCCGCGUGGAGGACUAUGAAAUGCUGUACACUAUUGGCACGGGCUCCUAUGGCCGUUGCCAGAAGAUCCGGAGGAGGAGCGACGGCAAGAUAUUAGUUUGGAAAGAACUUGACUAUGGCUCCAUGACAGAAGCUGAGAAACAAAUGCUUGUUUCUGAAGUGAAUUUGCUUCGUGAACUGAAACAUCCAAACAUCGUCCGUUACUAUGAUCGAAUUAUUGACCGGACCAACACAACACUGUACAUUGUAAUGGAAUAUUGUGAAGGAGGGGACCUGGCUAGUGUAAUUACAAAGGGAACCAAGGAAAGACAAUACUUAGAUGAAGAGUUUGUUCUUCGAGUGAUGGCUCAGUUGACCCUGGCCUUAAAGGAAUGUCACAGACGAAGCGACGGUGGUCAUACUGUGCUGCAUCGGGACCUGAAGCCAGCCAAUGUCUUCCUGGAUGGCAAGCAAAACGUCAAGCUUGGAGACUUUGGGCUAGCUAGAAUAUUAAACCAUGAUACAAGUUUUGCAAAAACAUUUGUUGGUACACCUUAUUAUAUGUCUCCUGAACAAAUGAAUCGCAUGUCCUACAAUGAGAAAUCGGAUAUCUGGUCACUGGGUUGUCUGCUGUAUGAAUUGUGUGCAUUAAUGCCUCCAUUUACAGCUUUCAACCAGAAAGAACUAGCUGGAAAGAUCAGAGAAGGCAAAUUCAGGCGAAUUCCUUAUCGUUACUCUGAUGAAUUGAAUGAUAUUAUUACAAGGAUGUUAAAUUUAAAGGAUUACCAUCGACCUUCUGUUGAAGAAAUUCUUGAGAACCCUUUGAUAGCAGACUUGGUUGCAGAAGAGCAAAGAAAAAAUCCUGAGAGAAGAGGGCGACGAUUAGGAGAGCCAGAAAAGUUGCAGGAUUCCAGCCCAGUCAUGAGUGAGCUGAAACUCAAGGAGCUGCAGUUGCAGGAGCGAGAGCGAGCCCUCAAAGCAAGAGAAGAAAGAUUGGAGCAGAAGGAACGUGAGCUUUGUGUUCGUGAGAGACUAGCUGAGGAUAAACUGGCAAGAGCAGAAAGUCUAUUGAAGAAUUACAGCCUUCUAAAGGAACAGAAGCUCUUAUCUCUGGCAAGUAAUCCAGAACUUCUUGACCUUCCCUCCUCGAUAAUUAAGAAGAGAGUUCAUUUCAGUGGGGAAAGUAAAGAGAAUGUCCUGAGGAGUGAGGGCCCUGAAAAUCAGCUGAACUCCAAAUCCAAGUGCAAAGACCUGAAAAAGCGGCUUCACGCUGCUCAGCUGCGCGCUCAUGCCUUGGCAGACGCCGAGAGAAACUACCAGCUCAAAAGCAGACAGAUCCUGGGCAUGCGCUAGCCCAGCAGGGACACAGAGCUGUGUACAGUACUUUCCAGCGCCAGCCUUUAAAGAUUGAUAUUCAACUCCCGUUGCUGUAUAUACUCAGUUCUAUGAGCCACGCCUUUUUGUAUAGUAAACACGAAACCUUGGAAUUGCUUUUGCUGUUCUUCAGCAACAAUUGUACAGAACGUCCACACCUUUAGUUUUUCUUUACCUUUUUUUACUAGUAGCUGAGAACACUUUACAGAAAAAAAUGACAUGUUCUUGGAUUUUAAUUCUGUGUGUGAAUAUUACUGGGAACCUAAGAUGUCACAUCUUAAAUCUUGGGGUGGGGGAAAAGUAACGUUAGAAAAAAAUUAUUUAUCCAGGAGUGGUACUUCCUGACAAGUUUUCAGUGACUGAGUGCUGUGCUUACAAUUGUCAUGUCGAGAUUUAAAAUUGAAGUCUGAGGUUUUAAAUGUUCUUGAAUUUGGAACCUAAUUGGAUACAAUUGGGUCACUAAUAACAACAUCUUGCUCAUAAAUAUUCCAUAGCUCUGUAGUGCAAAUGUAUCACCUUUUGUGAAAACUCAUCACUGUGAUGUCUAUAUUCUUUUUUUUUUCCCCUUUUUACUCUAAUAGUAUAUGAAUUGGCUGUCAUUUACCCCCCUCUUUCUCACUCAAUAAAAGAGUUCUUUAGUUUCCCUA